AUGAGGCGCCGAGGCUCAGAUUUUCGGCGACCAGUGAGGCGGCGAGUUUCGAAUGUAUUUUGGUUAUCGCUUUGUGGGUUUACUAUUUUGCUCUUCAUUGUUUUGUUAAGCCGAGAGCAACAACAACCCACAUCGAGAUCGGCUCUUGUUAAGAGAUCUUAUAGACGUGACAGAGUCUUAGAAGGCCUUAAUAUCACUGAAGAAAUGUUAAGUCCUAACUCUGUUACUAGGCAACUUAAUGAUCAAAUUUCUCUAGCAAAGGCAUUUCUUGCCAUUGCAAAAGAAAGCAACAACCUCCAAUUCGCAUGGGAGCUUAGUGCCCAAAUCCGUAACUCACAAAUCCUUCUCUCCAAUGCUGCUUUAAGAAGAAAUCCUUUGACUAUUAGUGAAUCAGAAAGUGCAAUUCGUGAUAUGGCACUUUUACUCUUCCAAGCCCAGCAACUUCACUAUGACAGUGCAACCAUGAUCAUGAGACUGAAGGCGAAGAUCCAGGGUCUCGAAGAACAGAUGAAUUCCGUUAAUGAGAAAAGUUCAAAGUAUGGACAAAUAGCUGCUGAAGAAAUCCCGAAGAGUUUGUAUUGUCUUGGGAUUCGGUUAUCAACUGAAUGGUACAAGAACUCAAAUUUACAAAGAAAACUCAAAGAGAAAGGGGAAACAGCUAUAAAACUCAAAGAUAACAAUCUCUGUCACUUUUGUGUCUUUUCUGACAACAUUCUUGCAACUUCAGUUGUGGUAAAUUCAACAGCUUUGAGUUCCCAAAAUCCUGAUAAGGUAGUUUUCCACCUCGUGACCGACGAGGUGAAUUAUGCUGCAAUGAAGGCCUGGUUCACCAUGAACAGUUUUAAGGGAGUGACUGUUGAUGUUCAAAAGAUUGAAGAUUUUACCUGGUUGAAUGCUUCUUAUGUACCUGUUCUUAAACAGCUUCAAGACUCCGACACCCAGAAUUACUAUUUUUCUGGUAGCACUGGUGACAGCCGGACGCCAAUUAAAUUCAGGAAUCCUAAAUAUCUAUCCAUGCUUAACCACCUAAGGUUCUAUAUUCCAGAAGUAUUUCCUGAAUUGAAGAAGGUGGUAUUUCUUGAUGAUGAUGUUAUAGUUCAGAAAGAUCUGUCGGGCCUAUUCUCUAUAGAUCUAAAUGGAAACGUAAAUGGUGCUGUUGAGACAUGCAUGGAGACGUUUCACAGAUAUCACAAGUACUUGAAUUACUCGCACCCUCUUAUUCGUGAACAUUUCGAUCCUGAUGCAUGUGGGUGGGCAUUUGGAAUGAACGUUUUUGAUUUGGUCGAGUGGAGGAAAAGGAAUGUUACAGGCAUCUACCACUACUGGCAGGAAAAGAAUGUAGACCGGACAUUGUGGAAACUUGGCACCCUCCCACCGGGAUUACUGACUUUCUACGGAUUGACAGAACCAUUGAAUCCCACAUGGCACGUGUUAGGCUUAGGGUACACAAAUGUUGAUCCUCAGGUGAUAGAGAAGGGGGCCGUACUACAUUUUAAUGGAAAUUCGAAACCAUGGCUGAAGAUCGGGAUGGAAAAGUACAAGCACCUUUGGGAUAAAUAUGUCGAUUAUAAUCAUCCUCUACUUCAACAAUGCAAUGUUCAUUAA